AUGACUAUUAAAUUGAUUGCAGUAUUACGUGGGGAUAAUCCAAGUAUCAAUGUCAAUGGGAUUAUUACCUUUACUCAAGAUAAUGAACAUUCUCCUACACUAAUUGAUGUAGAUAUCAAAGGAUUAAAACCAGGAAAACAUGGAUUUCACAUUCAUGAAUUUGGAGAUAACACUAACGGAUGUACAUCCGCCGGAGGACAUUAUAAUCCUUUCAACAAGAAUCACGGUGCUCCGGAAGAUGAAAAUCGACACGUUGGAGACUUGGGCAAUGUUACAGCUUCCGCAGAUGGCACAGUGAAAACUCGAAUUAUCGAUAAACAAAUAAAAUUAAAUGGUUCUUAUUCAGUAAUUGGUCGAACAAUCGUUGUUCAUGCUGAUGUAGAUGAUUUGGGUAAAGGUGGACAUAAAGAUUCUCUUACAACUGGGAAUGCUGGUGGUCGUCUUGCCUGUGGCGUAAUUGGUAUAUUUCAAUCUAAAUCCAAAUUAUAA